AACGACGGAUUGCAGUAUUUUAUGAACAUUAAAAGUAAUUUAUUACCUCGUUUAUAUUAAGAUGUAUAUCUUAUUUGUAGUGACGAUAAUUUGUUUUCUAAUGGCGUUUGUUUCUAGCAUUACCCGACCGAUAUUCUCCUUAUUUCUACACGAUGCUCCGGAAGUUCGCAUUCUACGUGCAGAAGUGGACAUGCUGCGCCGAGAGUUGUCAAGAAUCUCCAUGCGGGAUGAGUACAUUCGGUAUGUAAAAGUGGAACGCAAACUGGUAGCCGCGGAAACCAAGUUAACCGAAUCGAAAAACCGUGAUGCUGGUCGACGAAAAGUUUACGAGAUUGCAGUACAGUAUGGCCUGUAUGCGGUGCUAACGCUUGGAUUAGUAACAAUAUCGAUCGUUUACCGUUAUAAGCCCAUCGUAGUUUUUGGUGAAAAUUUCAACUUUGAACCAUUCGGUAAAGUGUUGAAUUUCCCAACCGGAGUGCCCAAUGCGGUCUCUACCGUUUUCUGGAUUGCAGUCAAUAAUUUCGUUGCUCGCACGUUAGCUGGUUAUGUGAAAUAAGUAUGCUGAUAAAUAAAAUCGUGUGUACAAAAUUGCUAGGAUAUUUAUGAAAAGACAACUUAAUGGAGUUAAA